AUGUAUAUACAAUGCUACUCAACAGAGGAAGCUUAUAAUUCUAUACUAGAAAAAGCUGAUGAUGCCAAUGACGAUAUUGAAACUAAUCUGUUAAAACAAUCUGGUUCGACGUUAAGAUCAGCAACAUUUUUACUGAAAUUGUACAGAGCGGAUGAUUUACCACGAAUGGAUAGUGCAUUUUUGCAUGGUGUUACGAAAAUAUUUAGUGGUCAAGAAGAUGUUAAAGAAUUAGUUGAUCCAUACGUUUCAUUCACAUUUGCAGGACAACACGUAGAAUCGAAAACUGUCUAUGCUUGUUCACAUCCAGAAUUUAAUCAAGAAUUACGUUUAGGACUUAAAUUUCCUUCAAUGUGCAAUAAAUUAACCAUUACAGUAAUGGACUGGGAUCGUCUAACAAAAAAUGAUUAUAUUGGUGUACAUAAUAUUGAUCUAUCCAGUGUAUCGAGCGAUAAACAAGACGGUUUUUUACCAAUAUUUGGCCCAUGUUGGAUUAAUUUGUACGGCUCACCACGUGAAUUUUCUGAAAUACCAACUGCAUUAGAUGUUCUUAAUACCGGAAAGGGUGAAGGUGUUGCUUAUCGUGGCCGUGUAUUUAUUGAAUUGGUAACAGUCUUAGGUGAAACUCCAUUAGAAUCAUUAAUUGAUAUAUCAAACUCGGAAAUUGUACGAUCAUUACCAUUUCAAUCACGUAAAAAAUUUAAAUUACAUGCCGUCUUUUAUGACGCAACUAUGUUAUUUGAACAUACAUCGAUGAUGGAAUUUGAAGUUAGCAUGGGCAAUUAUGGUAAUAAAUUAGAGGAUGUUCUUGGUAGUGCUAAUAGUUCAACAACACCACCGACAAAUCCUGUUUUCGAUGGGACAUCUUAUUAUUAUCUACCAUGGGGUACUGCAAAACCAUGUGCACAAGUUGUUGCAGAAUGGGAAGAUAUUACAUUUCGAUUAGAAGCAAUAAAUCAAUUAUCAAAAAUUAGAUUAUUAAUUAAUGGAAUUCUUUCAUCAAUAAAAUCACUUAAAACCAAAAAUACAGCAGAAGAUAUUAUUUUACGACAAUAUCGACAAUCAUUGGAUUUGGUUAUAGCUCAGCUAAUAAAACCGUUACCCAAUGCUGAAACUGGUCGACAUUAUACAAAUGAGUUAGAUCGUCUUCGUCGUCAACUGCGAGAUAAAAUUAUAGGAGAUAUGAUCGUAAAUUUAGAAGCUAUGAAAUUAAAACCUCAAACUACAUCAAAGGAAUUUGAAGAAGCUUUUUUUGAUAUUUGUAAUACUUUACAAAGCUUAGAAGCUGAACCACAAAAUAGUAUGCCUGAUGUAAUAAUAUGGCUUUUAUGUAGUGGUAAACGCUUUGCUUAUUAUCGUUUGCCAGCACACGAGGUCCUUUAUUCGGCGCAAAAAGAUCGAAAAGGACGUCUCUGUGGAAAACUCCAUACAAUAACAAUGAAAUGGCCGGGAAAAGAAUCGGAGAUUGAAAAAGAUAAAAGAAAUUUUCUGCCAGCUCAAGUACGUGUUAAAGUAUGGCUAGGCACCCAGUCAAAUGAACACGAUUGGUUGUCAUCGGAGAAAGGAGGAGAAUUGGUUGUUUAUGCAGAAACAUACGAAAAUCAAACAAAUAUUGUAGGAAAAUGGACCACAGGUGGACCUCUAAUGAGUAGACCAGCGUGGUCUGAUGUAACGGGAAAUAUUAGUUUACCUCAAAAAAAUUUUCAAUUACCACCUGAUUGGCGAUGGGAAGGUGACUGGUACAUUAGUCCAGAUAUAAGUGCACGAUAUGCAGAUGAUGCUGGUCAUAACAAAUUUACAGAAGAAGUUUAUGAACAUCAGAGUCGUUUAUUAGCUGGUGCACAAUGGCAACCAAAGGCAAAUGGUUGGACAGAUAUAGCGGGUGAUAAAGUACCAAGUAAAAGUGAACGAGUAAAUCCUCCUGAUGGUUGGAAAUGGGAAGAUGAUUGGACAAUUGAUAUUAAUCGUGCUGUGGAUGAAGAAGGUUAUGAAUACUGUGUUAAUCAAACAUUAGGUGGAUGGUGUCCAACUGAUAAAAUAUUUCAUUUAAAUCGUCGACGCCGAUGGUUUAGAACAAGAAGCAAAGAAUUUCAGGAUGGACUUAAAAAUGGUUGGGAAUAUGCACCCAUGUUUAAUAUGAAAUUUCAUGCUGAUGAACGUAGUAUGGAUAUGGUUAGACGACGACGUUGGCAUCGAAAAAUGAUACCUGAAUCACUUGAAUAUACACAAGCCGUAUUUCGUAUGAAAUCACAAGUGGAAGCAACAUCAUCUGGAGACGAGCAUGAUAAAGGAAAAACGGAUGCAAAAAAAGAGAUAAUAGAAAUAAACGCUCCAAGAAUGUUUUUAAAUUUUAAAGAACCUCAUAAAUACGAACUAAGAUGUUAUAUGUAUCAAGCACGUGGUCUAGCAUCAAUGGAUACAAACAGUUUUUCAGAUUCAGCUCAACGAACUGAUCACGAAUAA